CUUAAGUCAUCUCAGAAGGACAAGGUCCACCAGUUUAUGGCCUUUACGCAUGCUGUUGAAAGAGCUGCUCUAUACUGUUUAACACAGAAUGAGUGGAAACUAGACGUGACCACAGACAACUUCUUCCAGAACCUAGACUCAUUCUACCAAGAAUCCAUGAGAAAUUCAGUAGACAAGAAGAAAUUAGAACAACUCUAUAACAGGUACAAAGAUCCACAAGAUGAAAAUAAAAUUGGAAUUGAUGGGAUUCAGCAGUUUUGUGAUGACUUAAGCCUGGAUCCUACCAGUAUCAGCGUUUUGGUCAUAGCAUGGAAGUUCAGGGCAGCUACUCAGUGUGAAUUUAGCAAAAAGGAAUUUGUAGAUGGCAUGACAGAGCUUGGGUGUGAUAGCACAGAGAAGCUCAAAGGCCUUUUGCCAAGAUUGGAACAAGAGCUUAAGGAAACAGUGAAGUUUAAAGACUUUUAUCAGUUUACAUUUACCUUUGCUAAGAACCCAGGGCAAAAAGGUUUAGAUUUAGAAAUGGCUGUCGCAUAUUGGAAUUUAGUAUUAUCUGGAAGGUUUAAAUUCUUAGAUCUCUGGAACAAGUUUUUGUUGGAACAUCACAAAAGAUCAAUUCCAAGGGACACUUGGAACCUUCUACUAGAUUUUGGAAAUAUGAUUGCAGAUGAUAUGUCUAACUAUGAUGAAGAAGGAGCCUGGCCUGUUCUUAUAGAUGAUUUUGUGGAAUAUGCGCGGCCAGUCGUCACGGGGGGAAAACGCAGCACUUUCUGA